UAGAUUCAUCCAUUAGACUUUCUCCUUCGACGGCACAGCACUAGCCGUCCAUCUUCAUGUCAACGGAUAUCAGCGGACGAACUCGAUCGACUAUAGGCGGACAACUGUUUCCCGGAAGCCCGGCUCCGCAACAUGGCUGCCUCCGGCGUCUCCCACUCCCCUGCCGCUCCUGCUUACCGGCUCCGCCACCUGCCGUUGACACGGCGUUUCAUGCUCCCGGCUACCCCACGAUUACACCUGCCGACCGGAACCCUAUAUCCGGGCGCGAGGAUCUCCCGCUGUCCUGACGCCCCUGCUCCGCUCCGAUCCAACCGCAGACCGCUGUCCCCGCCUCUCGCCAUGGCCUACGAAGCGACUUCCACCGCGACGGCGGCGAAUGGGAAGCAGGACUUGCUGGUCUUCGACAGCGACGAGGAGCUCUCCGUGUCGCUGGCGAAGUACACGGCGGAGUUGUCGGAGAAGUUCGUCCAAGAAAGGGGCGUCUUCACUGUGGUGAUCUCCGGCGGAUCUCUCGUCAAGUCCCUCAGGAAAUUGACGGAAUCUCCUUAUUUGGAAUCGGUGGAUUGGGCGAAAUGGCACGUAUUCUGGGUGGAUGAAAGAGUGGUGCCAAAGGAUCACGAAGACAGCAACUACAAGCUAGCAUUUGAUAGUUUUUUGUCUAAGGUCCCAAUUCCACCAGUUCAAGUUUACGCCAUCAAUGAUGCCUCAUCAGCGGAGGGUGCUGCUGAAGACUAUGAGGCUGCUUUGAAGAAUUUGGUCAAUGCUGGUGUGAUCGCGGUAUCAACAACAGGGUACCCAAGAUUUGAUCUCAUGUUAAUAGGGAUGGGACCGGAUGGCCACAUUGCUUCUCUUUUCCCUGGCCACGCCCUCCUGAGUAUGACGGAAAAGUGGGUUACCUACGUAAAGGACUCUCCAAAGCCACCACCUGAAAGAAUUACAUUCACGUUUCCUGUUAUCAACGCAUCCGCUUAUGUUGCCUUGGUGGUCACUGGAGCUGGGAAAGCUGGUGCAGUUUUUAAGGCUCUGGGGAGUGAGAAAACAUCAUCUGAUUUGCUGCCUGUUGAGAUGGUUUCCCUUGAAGAUGGCAAGUUCACUUGGUUCACUGAUAAAGCAGCACUCUCAAUGCUCCACGAUAAGGCAAGCCUGUAGCCAUGUAAUGUAAGUUGCUGAUAGGUUUCAUGGUCGCCUUUAUUUUGAAUAACUUAUCUGGAAGAGUCAUUGUUCCGCAUGUUGUUGUGGAAUGGACUAGUGGUUGCAGUAGGAUGAUCUUCAUGAGGAUACUUAUGUCAUCGUGCAUUGUGUAGUAUCAAUGAGGCAUUUGAGCUUAAAGGUUUAAAGUUUACGAUGA